CCCGGUCAGGCACAGUCGCUCCUCUGCACGACUCCUCGCCGCUAGCCGCAGUCAUGCACGCCGUGAUCUUCGCCUCCUGCCUGCUGGCCCUGGCGGCCGCCGAGCCCGGCUACCUGGGCGGAGCGCACCUCGCCUACAACGCCCUCCCAGUGGCCGCCGCUGUCUCCAGCCAGUACCACGCCCAGGACGAGCUGGGCCAGUACAGCUACGGCUACUCCGGAGACACCUCUGCCAAGCACGAGACCCGCACCCUGGACGGCAUCACCCAAGGCGGCUACUCCUACCUGGACGCCAAUGGCCUGGUGCAGAGCGCCAGCUACGUGUCGGACCCCGUGAAUGGUUUCCGCGUGGCCGCUACCAACCUGCCCGUGGGACCGUCUGCCCCCGCCCCGGCCGUCGUGGCUCCCUACGCUGCCGUUCACGCCGCCCCCUACGCUGCCGUUCACGCCGCCCCCUACGCCGCCCUGGCUGGCGCUCCGCUGCCCGUCGCCGACACCCCUGAGGUGUACGCCGCCAAGAUCGCCCACUUCCAGGCCCACGCCGAGGCCAAGGGCCACCUCCUGGGCCGCAAGAAGCGCAGCGUCGGCUACGGACACGGCAUUUACGGUGCACCCGCUGCUGUCGUCGCCGGUCCCUCUCGUAGCUUCGCCUACUCCACCGUCGCUGCCGCCCCCCUGGCUGCCCCCGCUGUAUCCACCUAUGCCGCUGCUGUUCCUGCCUACGCCGCCGCCGUCCCCGCCCGUAGCUUCGGCUACUCUACUGUGUCCGCCCACGCCGCGCCUGCCGUCGUCGCCGCUGGCCCUGCCGCUAUCUCUACCUAUGCUGCCGGCGUUCCCGCUGCCACUGUGGUCGCUGCCCCCGCUCGUAGCUUCGGCUACUCUACUGUGUCUGCCCAUGCCGCCCCCGCUGUAGCCACUUACGCCGCUGCUGCCCCUGCUGCUGUCGUCGCCGGCCCCGCUCGUAGCUUCGGCUACUCUACUGUGUCUGCCCAUGCCGCCCCCGCUGUAGCUACUUACACCGCUGCCGCCCCCGCUGGCCCCUCCCGUAGCUUCGCCUACUCCACAGUCGCUGCCGCCCCCCUGGCUGCCCCUGCUGUAGCCACCUAUGCCGCUGCUGCUCCUGCUGUCCUCGCGGCUCCUGCUCGUAGCUUCGGCUACUCCACUGUGGCUGCCCACGCCGUGCCUACAGUAGCCACUUAUGCUGCUGCCGCCCCCCUGGCCGCCCACGGCAUCGCCGCCGGCUCCAGCCAGUACCGCGCCCAGGACGAGCUGGGCCAGUACAGCUACGGCUACGCCGACGGCAACUCCGUGAAGCACGAGAGCCGCGCCUUCGACGGCACCACCCACGGCGCCUACUCCUACGUCGACGGCCACGGUCUGGUGCAGAGCGUCAAGUACCACGCCGACGCCCUCGGCUUCCGCGCCGUGGGCACCAACUUCCCCGUGGCUCACUAAAAAUUACCAUACAUGAAAUAUACCUAGUAUUGACCCUUUCAUUUCAUCGUCCAUCUUCACGUAGACAGUAUGAAAGUUCUCUUCGUCCCUUAGCAUGUACUUUCCACAAAUUUCUGUAGAACCACGUGUUUUCCAGUGAUAUCAGCAUGAUUUCGGCAAUCAAGUGAGAGCAAUCCUGAGUGAGCGACUUGUCCACAGGUUUGUCAAUCAGCUGGGCAAAUGUCAAACAGUUGUUUUUUGAUAGUGCCAGAGCUAUUGAAAACUUGGUGAUUUAGAUUUAGAAUGAAAAUUUUUAUAAUUUUAAAAUAAUACCAUAAAUAUAAAUAUUUACCUAAAAUGUUUUAAAUGUGUGUACCUACCAUGCAUUGUUUCGAUGUAAGACUGUCAUGUGUGUGAAAUUUUUUCACAUCAUUUCACAUUUAUUUUAUAAAAAACGAGACUGCAUAUGUGUAUAUAUGUUAUAUUUCUAGCUGCAAUAAAUAUAUUUAUGAGAAGCAUAA